AUGAAUCCUGGAGCAGGAGUACCACCGUUUGAUCCGGACGACACGACCAACGUUAGUUCGAGGUGGAAAAAGUGGAAGCGAGCAUUUGAAAUAUUUUUCGACGUGAAUAAUGUGGCGCUUGCCUCAAGAAAAAAGGCAUAUCUCCUGCAUUAUGCUGGUGAAGGUGUGCAGGACAUUUACGACAGUUUGGUGGGAAACGAAGAGCAGGAAGUACCGGUUGGAUCAGACGCGUACAAGGAGGCUGUUAAUGUGUUGGAUAAGCACUUUUUGCCCAUGAAGUGCUUGCCUCAGGAACGUCACAUAUUCCGGAAUUUGCAGCAAGAAUCUGAUGAAAAGAUUUCGAAAUUCGUACUGCGUUUAAGGGAGCAAGGUAACCUAUGCGUAUAUGGAGAUUGGCUCGAUGAGAAUAUAAAAGAACAAAUUUUCGAAAAAGGAUCAUCGAAUGAACUUCGUGCAAAAACAUUAACGAAACCAGGAAUGACGUUGGAGGAGAUCAUCAAAGUAGGGCGUUCUCUAGAGACGAUUGAGAAAGUUAGACGACAGUUGCAGCAAUCAGCAGAUAUUAACAAACUUACAACUUACAAAAACGAGUGUUUCCGUUGUGGACGAAUAGGACAUUUUGCCAACGAUGAUUGUUGUCCUGCAAAAGAUAAAAAGUGUGAGAAGUGUGGUCUGAUUGGGUAUUUCCGGCGAUGCUGUAAGACGAAGGAACGUGAGGCAGUGAAUGAUCGUAACAAGAGAAAACAUCGGCGUGUUCGUCAGGUUGGAGAAGAAGCUUCAGGUGGAAGUGAGAGCAUUUGUGAUUCGGAUGAUAGUGGCAGUGGAAUUGUAGACCCGCAAGAUGAUGUUAAAUAUGUUUUUGCUGCUAGUACGGAUGACACGCAAGGUGAUAAAGUAGUUUGCAGUGUGGGGGGUGUAAAAAUCAAAUGGAUCGUUGAUUCUGGAGCCGGAGUGAAUGUGAUUGAUAGCAACACUUGGUCUUAUUUGAAGAAACUCAAAAUAAACGUUCUUUCUCAAUCCAAAGACUCCACGCGAACCCUGAAGGCGUACGGAAUCAACAACUUGCAAGUCAUCGGUGAAUUUACGGCUAACAUCGCAACCAAGUAUAACAAUGUGGUUGCUGAAGUAUUCGUUGUGAAGAACAAAGGGGCAAGUCUGCUGAGUCGUGAUACAGCCACCCAAUUGCAGAUUCUCAAAAUCGAUACAAACGUGUGGAUUGAAAAAGUACAAAGUGAGAUAGAUCAUCUGCUCGAACAGGAUAUAAUCGAAACAGCUCCGAGAGAUUCCCCAUGGAUAUCUCGCCUAGUUAUUAGUCCAAAGGCUGGUGAUCCAGUGAGUGUUCGGUUGUGCGUGGACAUGAGAGCCGCUAAUAAAGCUAUCGUUCCACAGCACUACCCACUUCCUACCUUCGAUGACAUUGUACCUCAUUUGCAUAAUUGCAAAUGGUUUUCUAAAAUAGAUUUAACCAAGGCCUUCCAUCAAGUAGUUUUGGCGAAGGAAUGCAGAUUCAUCACUACGUUUGCUACUCACCAGGGAUACUAUCGUUACAAAAGGUUGACCUUCGGGAUGAAUUGCGCAUCUGAAGUAUUUCAAAGUAUUAUCGAGCGUGUUUUGAAAGGAAUAAAGUGCGUUCGAGUGUUCAUCGACGAUAUAGUCGUGUUUGGCCCUACGAAACAACAACAUGACGACACUCUGCGUGACGUAAUGAAUCGUUUGAAGGAGUUUGGACUUACUAUCAAUCACAAGAAAUGCGAGCUAGGAAGAUCAGAGGCCAAGGUGGACGCGAUAAGGAGACUUCGAGAACCCACUGCUGUCGAGGAAGUGCGAAGCUUUCUGGGUACUAUAACAUAUCUUGGGAGGUUCAUACCCGACUUGUCAACGUUAACGACGCCACUUCGUGAUCUUCGAAAAACUUCGAAGUUUCAUUGGGGAGUCCAGCAAAGGGAAGCGUUCCAAAAAAUUAAAGACGUAUUGAUGAAUCCGAAGGCGCUAGGAUAUUAUUCUCCACAUGAUCAGACGAUUUUGAUUGCAGACGCCAGUCGCACUGGUUUAGGAGGUGUACUAAUGCAGGAGAAAGACGGCUUGAAACGAGUCAUCUGCUACAUUAGCAAAGGACUUUCGGAUGCUGAGAAGUCAUACGCGCAAAACGAGAAGGAAGCUUUGGCGUUAGUUUGGGCCACGGAACGAUUGCAAAUCUAUUUGAGAGGGAUGGAGUUUUUACUGUUGAUAGACCAUGAGCCACUUAAAGUGAUUUUUGGACCAGGGCACGUUUCUUGUCCACGAAUCGAAACGUGGGCCAUGCGGCUACAGUCUUUCCGUUUCAGAAUAAUACAUAUUCCGGGAAAAAUGAACAUUGCGGAUUCACUAUCGCGAUUGCCAAGAUUCAAGCACUGCACUACUUACGAUCGCUUUGGAGAAGCAUCACUUUUGGCAAUUAUGGAGAGUGCGAAACCUAAUGCAUUGACCAUCGAAUAA